GUUAAAGUUUGAAAGAAAUGUCGAGUGGAAAAAGUCCUUCAUUCUAUGAAACUGUUGGAUGAUUUUGAUUUUAUUGGAUUCAGUUCCUCAUAAUUAUCUGAAGGAUGAACGUCUUAUAAUUUAUAUUUCUGUUAAAGGUGUGGGACGAGCCCUGAAGUCAUCGGACGUUUCACUCAUUUCUGAAGCGUGUCUGGAGCUCUCACCGCGACUCGUGUAAAUGAUGGUGUUCUGAUAAGAUGGCGAGGGGAGAAAACGACAUUUCCUUCCCGAACUGCUGAUGGAAACGAUAGAGAUAAGGAGGUGUUGGGGCUUUCUGCCCACAAACUUCUGUGAAGAGCUGGUUUUACCAAGAAAAUGUGCCGCCGUGGUCACUUUAGUUCUGCAUCAGAGCUGGUAUAAAAGCAGCAGCAGAGCUGAGACUCCAGAACAUCAAGACCCGAGUCAGAAGAAGGUCCUGGUCCUGAAUCGACAUGAAGACUCUGAGCGUCGCUCUGCUGCUGCUGCUUGUCUGCUGCUGCAGCUCCAUGCCCUCUUCACAGCAGUGCAACACAACCCCAGAAAAAUGCUGCCUGAAGUUCAGCACUAACGCGAUCCCAGUGAAGAACGUGACUGAGAUCCUCCGAACCAGUUCCUGCUGUUCACACGGCGCUUUCAUAGUCACCACGACGAAAGGAAAGGAAGUCUGCUUCAAAGACGACUUUAAGUGGGCCAAGAGAAUCUUCGACAGACUCAGCAAGGAUAAGGAAGCUUCAGGAAGCAGUUAAAAUUUCUCUGAAUAUUCUCUCAGAAACCAAAUGAUUCUCUUCUUUUCUCCAAGAGUCACCGUCAUUACAUUCAUCAUGUUCUUGCUGUUUCUUUUGAAAGAAGGCGUUUCACUCAACAUUUAUUUUUUGCAUUACAGACUUUGUGUGUUUUGUACUUCAUUCAUUGUUUUCUUCUUUUUGUAACGCUGCAGACUGCACAGAGAUGUAAUAAAAAUGUUCUAACAAUGACAUUCAGAGACUCAAUGAUUCUCUGCUCAGAACUCUGGGAACUUCCUGAAAUUGCUGCUCUUUUUACAAAGAUCCACACAGCAGUUCCACCAUGGAGCUCUGAUAACAGUGAAUUUGUGGUUAAAUCCCUCAAACUUAAGAGUCUAUUUUGGAAAAUCUAAUGAGCUUGGGAACAUAAUUCACAUAAACAUCAGAAUGUCUGAUCUGUAAAAUGAUAAAUGUCACAAACUGGUUUAACGUUUUGGUCCAUUCAAACCUGCACACACUGACGGCAGCUCCGGCGCCAAACGCUGGCACCGACCUGUGACCACCAGGAGCUAUCAGGGGUAUUUGGGGUCUGGGAGCUAGCACUGCAGGAACUGAACCUGGGACUUUGCAGUAGGAGGUCAGUCGCUCCACAUCUGCACCUAAAGUUUAAGAUAAAAGAUAAAUAUUAUAGGAUGUCUAUACCCAGAAAAAUACCCAAAAGUAGUUUUCAUAAAUGUAUCUUUAAGUGUAUUUUGUUCAAAACAAACAUAAACACACAGAUACAUGGAAAUGAUGGAGAUCUGAGAGGAAAGUCAAGUGACUCCACAACAUUUAAAUGACUCCAAGAGUGAACCACUUUAAUUUUCAUGAGCAGAUGACGUUGAUGUCAAGCCUGUUUAUUAGUUUACUUUUGUAGUUCUUAAAAAAAUAGUAAAGAGCAGAAAAACACACCAAAAAUAUGUACAAAAACAAAAAAA